GUCGUGAAAAGGGCUGUUUCCAUGGUGGUUGAUGCUGCUAUGGCUUCCAAAUUGCUUUUCCUCAGAAGGCUCCCCAGGCUCCUAAAACCCCUUCCUCUUCCUCCUUCUUCUUCUUAUUCGAUUCGUAGAUUGCGUUUGCUGCCUCUAGAAGCUUCGAGAACGGGGACCAAUCGAUGGUCUCCUGCUGCUAGAACCUUCUGUUCUCGACCACUGAAUCUCGCCGACGGCUCUCAAGGCCCCGCCGCCAUUGAUUAUCGUUCUGUGUUGCAGGAGGAUGAGUUUCACCGGCUGGCCAAUUCCACAAUACAUAAUCUUUUAGAGAAACUUGAGGAAUAUGGAGAUAAUGUUGAAAUUGAUGGUUUUGAUGUGGACUAUGGGAAUGAGGUUUUAACCUUAAAACUUGGGGAUUUGGGUACCUAUGUGUUGAAUAAACAGACACCAAACAGACAAAUUUGGCUAUCAUCCCCAGUGAGUGGUCCGUCUAGGUUUGACUGGGAUCAGAAUGCUCAAACAUGGGUUUAUAGGCGGACAAAAGUAGAUUUGUUGAAAAUUUUUGAAAGUGAGUUGGAGCAACUGUGUGGCGAACCCAUCAAUCUUUCCUAAACUGCAGCAAACUCUGCCACAUCUGAUUUUCUUCUGGGUAAUUUCAUCUUACAACUGACAUGCCUUUGAGCUGGCCUCUCUUCCCUGCCUGUAUUUUGGUCGUUUCAUUAGUAAAAUUUGUGUCUUUUACCGAAAAAACUAAAAAUCACGGUAGAUUUUAUAUGGAUUGUACCUGCACUUAAGAGGUUGGUUGUUCACUUUGAUGAGGAGAGUACCGGACAAAGUAUAGCGUCCCUUGGAUGGGUUUUAAUGUAUUUAAUGCUGUCUAUUGAGAUGCCAAUCAACAACCAUGAGCAUAGUGCAUUGAGAUCAUUUGUAUCAAUUACAUUUCAGGAUUUGAAGUAAAUACAGCCAACUGUAAGUUUCUACUUAA